AUGGAGGUGCAAGACACAUAUGCCUCGUCCUCAACUUUCCUGGAUUUCUAUCAUCAAAUAGUGCAUGGCGGCCGAUAUGUGCCCUGGCGAGUCCCAACUAGCAUGUGGCUCAACGUGAUCCAGAAAUAUUACCUCAAACCUCAGAACGGCUGGGACGUCAGCAUAAACGGACAUUUCGAACAUAACAUAGACGGAGAACGCCAGCGUACCACAAUGGUAGCGACAAGCAUGGUAGAUGCCGAGACUUCCCAACCUCGUCUUGUAAUUGCAGCUCUUGAACACAGCUACUAUAUGGAGACCGAUGAGGACGCGCCGACAGAGAACCUACUCCAGGAUACCGAAGAAUUCAUGCUCUCACAGCGCCUCAAAUGGAUUGGAGAGAAAGCAGGCGGUGAUCCAACAGUUUGGGAACGUACAUAUGUGAUUUCGGUUGUGGGUACGAGCGUUCACUUUUAUGUCCUGAAGCCCGACGAGAAUCAGUUGCUUGAGUACUUUCCGGAGCGACACGGAAUGUGGUACGAUGCGAUUGAGGACUGGGCGAUUAUUAAUGAGGCUCUGAUUGGGAUUCAAGAGGAUGUUGAGCAUUGA